CGCUUGGCUGGUUGUCGCGUGUAACCCGAGAUUCGACACCUCGCUUGGAUAAAUGCAACCACUGGGUCCCAAUCUUGGUUGCAUUUAUCCAGGUUUUACUGUAGUUGAGUUCGGCGUGACAUAGAGAACAACUCGAAUAAACUUUUAUACAUUAAAAGCGAUCGUUCUUCACCCGGAUCCCAACAACGUCAUGACGAACGGGUGGGCCUUCUCCUUCAACGCGUAUUAUGAUUUGCUAAAUGAUAUCCCUACGCGGGGUACCGUUCGUAAGUCGAACCCUGAGACUAUAUAGCUAACUGAAGCAAAUCACUCUUCGUCGAAAAAUCGUAAGGUACGUGACGGGGAGCCCGUGUUCGCGUAGAGACAGAGUUGUUGACGUACUCGCGUUAAUUAAAGUUGAAUCGCGUUUCGCGGCAAAGACUCAAACAAAUACGUAAAAUCUUCAUACUCUUCAAUUAUCUAUCUUUUUCUUUCGUUUUAAAUCGUGUUUCGUUUCGUAUAAAUUAUUUUUCUGUUUUCUCGCGUCGUGUUGUAAUUUUGUAUAAUCGAAUACCGGGUUGAUAAUCGUUUUUAAUUGUAACAUCGUAACUAGGCCAAUUGUGAUCGCGAAAGUGCGCGUGUGACAAGUUCUCAUCCUUCCUCGUUUCCCAGAUUUCCAGACAGCAUCACCGAAUCUACCAAAGCAAUUAUAUAAUAUAUUGUAUACUAUUUCACAUCGACUUUGGUAAGUUGUUUAUUCUCUUUUUUUAAUAAGACAAUCUGGUUUACGUGGGGCAAAACGGGCGAUCUACGUGACCGCUGUCCUGGACGUUUCCCACUAGAUCGUACCGCAUCAUAAACUCAGGUAUCAAUAAGUGUUUUUGUUUUCCGUUUUAUGCAAUUUUCAACCAUCGAAAAGAGAGAGACAGCCUAUAAGACCGUCUGGUCCUGGUAGUAUCAGGACUCUAUCCGCUAGGUUCGAUCUCUCAUUAUAAACUAUUGAAGUCGCGAAACUAUUGCAUUAAUAUUCGCGUUAAAAUCUAAGCGCUUCAUCGUCGUCCGAAUCUAAACUAAUAUGUCCAUACAUUGUUCAAUCUAAUGUAGUUUUUGAUAUCCGCUACUAAAUCAUAUAUUUUAUAUAAUCCAUCUCUUUAUAUUAUAUUUUCUCACAGCACGUACACAUUGUUGAAAACUCAUACAUCAGUUAUACAGAUCCCUUGUUGUUAUUUUUGAUAUUUUACUUAUUUUUGGAAUUAUACGAUCUGUUUCAAAAUUCUGUUUAAUUUCAUUCAAACACCAAACACUUCCAUCUCAUAUUUCACGCCUACCAACAUAGCAUAAAUUUAAUCGAGGGGCCGGUCUGGGACCAAAGUAUCAACGAACCCAGCAACAGGAUCGUUAAUUGGAUUUUACUGACUUUUUAAUUGUUCCAAACGUAGAGGACGAUCGCGAAAGCGACCGUCAGAAACACUUGGGACUGGUGGCAGCGCUUAUAUCUUUCUCUACCGCGCAUAGAUAAUUAACUUCCAAAUUAAUUUUUAUCAAUUUUUCAUUUUGUACGUUGCGCCGCCGUCCGACACGCGACGCGCGUCGCAACGUAACAACCACUUUUAAUCAUGCUAAAAGCAAACUAUGCAACAAAUUAUUUAUUCACGUUAUGUAUUAUCUUAUUGCAAUUUGUUUUUUAAUAUCAUGCAAUUUUCUAAUAUCAAGAGUAUCGUUCAAGCGUCCUACAUGGAUGAUUAAACAUCAGUAUCUCGAGUUUAUUGAAAACACAAACAGUCUGACCAUUUUUAUAACGAAAUUUUUUUCUAUGAGUCUGUCAGACAGACUAUUUUUGUGAGUAACAUCAAAUUUUUUUUCUCUGUAACUUUCCAAGUUGCGAAAGAUCGAUGUCUGAAGCUGGGAGGAUGACAGAAUUAAAGGAGAACAAGAAAUGGAAACUAUUUCACGCCACAGAUUUCAUUUCGCUGGUAUACCCUUGCUAUUUCAUCGCAAAUAUAUUCGGAAUUUUUCCUUUCAAAUGUGCCUCUUCAGGAUAUACCUUUUCAAGAAUUCGUGUCAUUUAUUCAAUGACCAUUUUGGCCACGUUUCUGAUCGCGGUAUUCUAUAUGGUACAUGAAAUUGAUUUGACCUCACCGGCAUCCAGUACUCUACCAAGGAAACUGUAUCAGAGUUCGUAUCUCAUCAUGUGUGGAAACGCUGUCUUGUUAACGUACGGGCAACAUAAAGCGAUACUGCGCUUUCUUCAGGAGCUCACUGAGGCGUCCUCCAUGGUCGCACCAAAGGACUUCAACGACAUGGCGAUAUUCGUUCAUUCAAAGGAUAUUUUUGUAUUUUUAUUUCUCUCAAGUCAUGUCUUCAAUUGCUUUAAAAAUGGAUUCACGUUUAUGACAGUGAAAAAUUUUACCGCUCUAUUCAUGGUCUUGGUGAACUUUAUCAUGGACAUGUUCUACAUUAACUCGGCAUGCGUUUUAAAAGCAUGCUUCAUGAAAAUCAACGAAGAUCUUGAUAAACUUCGAAAACCCAUCACCAAGACAUUUCUGCGCCACAAACAGAGGACUGCUUCGUUGCUGAUGAAGUUGAAGAAUUUAGAGGGGAAAUACCUGCAGGUCACCGAUAUUCUACAAUUACUGAACAAAAUAUUUAUGACGCUACUCAUAGUAACAGCUGUAAAGACUUUUAUUGUUGUUACUUUUGAUUUGUACUUCUGUUUAGUACGGGUCAGCGGUGGGGAAAUAGGUCGGAAAAAUCUACACUUUUGGUACUGGCCCUAUAUUCCUCCUAUCGUAUAUAAUUUUUUAAAAUUUGUUACGUUGAUUUGGGCGUGUGAAACGGCGACUAAUAAAGCCAAAGAAAUCCGUACUACUCUUCACGAUGCCCUUAGCGGAGCGACCGAUUUGUCGGUGAAACGCGAGCUGGAGCUUUUUUCGCUGCAAUUACUACACUGUGACACUACGUUUUCAGCGAAAAUAUUCGAUAUGAACGCAUCGCUUCUUGCAGAGGUCGUGGGUGGCAUCAUCAUGUACCUUUUGAUCCUGCUCCAAUUCUUAUUGAACUGGAUAGUAUGCGAGGCCAAGCAAGAGUGAGCGAAGAAAUAUUUACAAAGUUACGUGACUCUGCGUGGAGCAUGUGUUUCUUAUCGAUUCUCUCGGCAGUCUUGUGAAAAGCACCGUUUGAUGUGCCCAUGCGCAAACACCUGUAAUUCUUCUUGGCCACUUUUUCCUUUGCUUAUAUAUAAAUCUGUACAAUCGCGAUGUAAGGGUAUCUAGCAGUUACAUUGUACGUUACCAUGAGAUCAGGUACGAGUUUACGGGAUGCCAGUUUAUGGGAUGAUCUGAUACACUGAACGAGACCCAAGAAAUCGUCAUGCAUAAUCAUCGUGCAGAUAAAAACAUUUGGAUCACACUAAAGCGUCAAAGUGAUAAUCGCGUUCUUCAUAUAAAUUUUCUACAUUUAUCGGCAUCGCUGCGCUAACGACAUCGGACCAUUUUCAACAGUCAAUCUAUUCUCUUCAAGGUUAAUGUUGCGACCGUCAAUAAUGCGCGGAGGUAGCGAUUACUUUCAAUUAAAUACUACAUACAUAUCACGUAUCGACACCAUUAAUACCAUAAAACAAUUCCACAUUGUUAUUGUAGGUGUCCACUUAAUAGGGCUGUUUGUUACAAACAUGAAUCACUUUGGGCGAACGAUUGUUUAGAAUAAUUGAACUUAUUGAAUGGAAUAUGAUAUAUUGUAAUUUAGAUAUAAAAUAAUUUUUAACAAACAAUACAACCGACUUCGAAAUGCGCUAAAUUAUGAUGUGAACUACUUCACAGCUAUUAAUAAAACUUAUUUAAUCGUUAAAUAUUAGUAUACUAAAUACAUUUCCACCUUUUCGGGGGUGGCGUAAAAUAAAAAACUUUUUUUCUAUUACAUAGAAUGAUCCUAGUUCAGGAGUCAGCAACCUAUGACAAAUGACCCAUUUGAUAAUUUCAAGUAAACAAUAUUCCAUGGGAAUCAACAUACCCAUUGCAGAUUAACUACAUGUAUGUACAUCAGAAAUGUUGCUAACUUCUGAUACAAUCGUUACAAUUACUAAUGUUCUCAGCCGUAUCUAUAAUGUUCCGUAUCUUUUCUUACGACUUAUUAAUUACCAAGAUCGCCAUAUCGCAAUCGAACUGUUAUUGGCAGUAUCAUUUAUUCGGAUAUUUUUAAUUUUGCCCCGCCUCCGAAAAGGUUGAAAUGUAUUUAGUAUACUAUUUAACAAUCAAAUUUUAUCAAUAUGUUGAUUCACCCUGGAAUAUUGUUUACUUGAAAUUAUCAAGUGGGUCAUUUGUCAUAGGUUGCUGACUCUUGAACUAGGAUCAUCCUAGUAGAAAAAAAGUUUUUCAUUUUACGCCGCCUCCGAAAAGAUGGAAAUGCAUUUAAUAUACUAUUUAACAAUCAAAUAGGUUUUAUGAAUAGCUGUGGAGUAAUGGUAUAAAUGAAAUAGAAAUUAUUUUACACUUUUUAGCGCAUCUCGAAGUCGGUUGUAUUUUUUGAUAAAAAUUAUUUUAUUAACAAUACAAUUCAGAUUAAUAUUAAUAUUGACGGAUUGCCACUAUCUAAAAGUUCAAGUAGCGAAGUUUAUCCGAUUUUAUGUAGCAUUGCAGGGCAUAAAAAUAUAGUAGAUAUGGUUGGUAUUUACCAUGGUUAUGAGAAACCCAAAGAUAUGAAUAAUUUUUUAAGUGAUUUUGUGCAGGUGGCAAUAAAUAUCAUUAAUAACGGAUUUUUAAUGAAUGGAAAAUUGUAUCGUUUAAUAAAUAAAUCUUUUAUACCUGAUGCUCCCGUUAAAGCCUCAAUUAAAUGCGUGAAAAUGCAUACAGGCUAUUUUUCUUGCACCAAGUGUCAAUCUGAAGGAGAAUUCAUAGAAAAUAGAAUAUGUUUUCCUGAUGUGAGGAAAAUUCGCUCAAGAACCGACUCUGAGUGUAGAUUAAAAUUGCAAGAAGACCAUCAUACGGGGUCAUCAAUUUUGGAACAUAUUUCGGGAAUCGGUAUGAUAGAUAGCUUUCCGUUAGAUUAUAUGCAACUUGUUUGUCUGGGCGUAACAAAGAAAUUACUGGUUAAUUUGUGGUGUUGUGGUAAACCUUCAACCAAAAUAUCCAAUGCCAAAGUAUUGAACAUAUCUAACACCUUGACUGAACUCCGGAAAUGUAUUCCCAUAGAAUUUAAUAGAAAACCUCGUUCUCUAUAUAAAGUAAAAAGAUGGUAAGCGACAGAAUUUCGACAAUUGUUAUUUUACACUGGUCCAGUAAUUUUUUAAAUUUUCUUUCGCUGCACGUAGGAUUGACUAUAUUAACAAAUUCCAGGUAUUUCGAAUUUCGAACAUAUCGAUUACGCGUCACAGUUAUUCGAACAUUUUAUUACAACAUUUAAAAUACUAUAUGGAUCUGAAAAUAUAUCUCACAAUAUUCACAAUUUGUCGCACAUCGCAGAAGAUGUUAAGUGACAUGGACCAGCUGAUGAUUUUGGUUGUUUUCCGUUUGAAAAUUUUUUACAGAGUAUAUUGAAAUCUAUUAGUAAAAAAGCUUUACAACAAAUAGUUAAAAGACAUUUAAAAAAAUGUAAUCUCCUUAACACAGAAACAAGUCGAAACAUAGAAUACCCAAUUUAAAAAAAUCAACAUUUCGAUGUUCCAUUAAUAGGAGAUAUGUUAGUCUCGAAGCAAUUUGAAAUGAUUCUAUUUAACAAUUUCAUUUUAAAAACUACCGAUCCUAACAACUGCUGCAGUUUUUGCGACGAUAGUAUCAUUCUUAUGCAAAAUGCAGUUGAAGUAAACAAUGAAUAUAAAUUAAUCGGUCGAAAAUAUUUAACUACAACAGAUUUUUAUACACAACCAAGUAAAUGGUCACUGUUGAGUAUUUUUUUAGUAGAACCACAUUUAGGACCUUCUGAAAUGUUCGACUUCGGAGUUGUUAACUAUAAAUCUGUCAAAUUACAACUUGUAGAAGAAUUUGUCAUUUUCCUUUUGUUUCAUA